AUGAGAGACCUACAGUUGACCCAGGUGGCUGGCACCCGGCUAUUCCCGCCGGCUGUGAUUUCCUCCGGCGAAGAAGAUGCCGAUGACAUGAUGGAGGAUGUUAGGCUUCUUGAUUCAUAUGAAAGCCGUGACUAUCAUAACGAUAAUUCGCUUAGAAUUGUGAUUGAAGAAGAUGGUUUGAAGAGAAUUCAAGUGAGAGUUACAGGGAUGACUUGUGCUGCUUGUUCCAAUUCUGUUGAAUCAGCAUUGAAGAGUGUCAAUGGGGUUUUCAGAGCUUCUGUUGCUUUGCUUCAAAAUAAAGCUGAUGUUGUCUUCGACCCUGCUUUGGUUAAGGAUGAUGAUAUCAAGAAUGCAAUUGAGGAUGCAGGCUUUGAAGCAGAGAUUCUGUCUGAACCCAUCACAUUAAAAACAAAGCCAAAUGGAACCCUUUUGGGGCAGUUCACAAUUGGAGGUAUGACCUGUGCUGCCUGUGUGAAUUCUGUUGAAGGCAUUUUGAGAGAUCUUCCUGGUGUCAAAAGGGCUGUGGUGGCUUUGGCUACUUCUUUAGGGGAAGUUGAGUAUGAUCCUAUUGUAAUUAGCAAAGAUGAUAUAGUGAAUGCUAUUGAAGAUGCAGGCUUUGAUGCGUCUCUUGUACAGAGCAAUCAACAGGAUAAAAUUGUACUUGGAGUUGCUGGGAUAUUCUGUGAGAUGGAUGUACAGCUUUUAGAGGGAAUACUGACCAUGCUUAAAGGAGUACGACAAUUCCGUUACAACCAGAUAUCCAGUGAACUAGAAGUUCUCUUUGACCCUGAAAUUCUAGGUUCUAGAUCCUUGGUUGAUGAGGUUGAGGGAGGGAGCAAUGGGAAAUUUAAAUUACAUGCCAUUAACCCUUACUCAAGAAUGACUUCUAAAGAUGGAGAAACCUCUGUUAUGUUUCGACUUUUCAUUUCCAGUCUGUUUCUUAGUAUUCCCAUCUUUUUCAUGCGAGUAAUUUGCCCUCACAUACCACUGCUGUAUUCCUUACUACUCUGGCGCUGUGGGCCCUUCCUAAUGGGUGAUUGGUUAAAGUGGGCAUUGGUGAGUGUUGUUCAAUUUGUAAUUGGGAAGCGCUUCUACGUGGCAGCUGGUAGAGCCCUUCGAAAUGGUUCAACCAACAUGGAUGUUUUAGUUGCAUUGGGAACUUCAGCCUCAUACUUCUACUCUGUUUGCGCACUACUAUAUGGUGCAGUCACUGGCUUUUGGUCUCCAACAUACUUUGAGACAAGUUCCAUGCUGAUAACAUUUGUAUUAUUGGGGAAGUAUUUGGAGUGCCUUGCCAAGGGAAAAACAUCAGAUGCUAUCAAGAAGUUAGUAGAACUUGCUCCGGCAACAGCUCUGCUGGUUGUAAAAGACAAAGGUGGAAAGUGCAUUGGAGAAAGGGAAAUAGAUUCGUUACUUAUUCAGCCUAGUGACACAUUAAAAGUUCUACCUGGUACCAAAGUUCCUGCUGACGGUGUGGUUGUAUGGGGCUCAAGUUAUGUUAAUGAAAGCAUGGUGACUGGUGAAUCUGCACCUGUUUUGAAGGAAGCUAGUUCAUCAGUUAUUGGAGGCACGAUAAAUUUACAUGGCGCUCUUCACAUACAAGCUACUAAAGUAGGAUCAGAUGCUGUUUUGAGCCAGAUAAUUAGUUUGGUUGAGACAGCCCAGAUGUCCAAAGCUCCAAUUCAGAAAUUUGCAGAUUAUGUGGCAAGCAUUUUUGUUCCUACAGUUGUUGGAUUGUCUUUGGUGACAUUGUUUAGCUGGUACAUGAGUGGAAUUUUGGGAGCUUACCCAGAAGAAUGGCUUCCAGAAAAUGGCAAUUACUUUGUUUUUUCCCUCAUGUUUUCAAUCUCAGUGGUGGUAAUUGCAUGCCCUUGUGCACUUGGCCUGGCAACACCAACCGCUGUCAUGGUUGCUACUGGGGUUGGGGCUAAUAAUGGUGUGCUGAUAAAAGGAGGAGAUGCUUUGGAAAGGGCUCAGAAGAUUAAGUAUGUGAUAUUUGAUAAAACAGGUACUCUAACCCAGGGAAAAGCCAGUGUUACUGAUGCAAGAGUUUUCACUGGAAUGGGUCGUGGAGAAUUUCUCAGAUGGGUGGCUUCUGCAGAGGCUAGCAGUGAACAUCCAUUGGCAAAAGCAGUAGUGGAAUAUGCACGCCAUUUCCAUUUCUUUGAUGAACCUUCUGCAACCAGCCAAACCCCCAGCAAAGAGUCUACAGUCUCUGGGUGGCUUCUUGAUGUCUCAGACUUCUCAGCUCUUCCUGGAAGAGGCGUGAAGUGCUUUAUAGAUGGAAAACAAGUUUUGGUUGGUAACCGGAAACUGGUGACUGAAAGUGGAAUUGCCAUUCCAGACCAAGUAGAAAAUUUUGUAGUAGAGCUUGAAGAAAGUGCAAAGACAGGUGUCCUUGUUGCUUUUGAUGACGACAUAAUUGGUGUUUUGGGGAUUGCAGAUCCAUUAAAGAGAGAAGCUGCUGUGGUAAUAGAGGGCCUUCUGAAAAUGGGUGUCAAACCAGUCAUGGUGACGGGAGAUAAUUGGAGGACAGCGCGUGCAGUUGCUAUGGAGGUGGGCAUUCAAGAUGUUAGGGCUGAAGUAAUGCCAGCUGGCAAAGCCGAGGUUAUCCACUCAUUUCAGAAGGAUGGGAGCAUCGUAGCAAUGGUGGGUGACGGUAUCAAUGACUCUCCUGCUCUAGCCGCUGCAGAUGUUGGUAUGGCAAUUGGGGCAGGGACGGAUAUUGCCAUAGAAGCUGCUGACUAUGUGUUGAUGAGGAAUAACUUGGAGGAUGUAAUCACAGCCGUUGAUCUCUCAAGAAAAACCUUCUCUCGCAUUAGAUUGAAUUAUAUUUUUGCCAUGGCUUACAAUGUGAUUGCGAUCCCUAUUGCUGCCGGGGCUUUAUUUCCUUCUCUAGGGAUCAUGUUGCCACCAUGGGUAGCUGGUGCUUGCAUGGCUCUCUCAUCUGUAAGUGUUGUAUGCUCUUCUUUGCUUCUUAGAAGAUAUAGAAAACCCAGACUUACCACCAUCUUGGAAAUAACUGUAGAGUAG